AUGGGCGUGGGGGACUAUAUCCAUUCCAAAGAAGGCGGGCAGCCUCGUGGUGCCGACAAGCCCGCCCAGUCACGCCAGCAGCGUGCGGAAAUGGCCAGAGUCGAAGUGCCCCCAACACAACUGGUCGGCCCAGGGGCUGGAGCUACCGAUGGCAGAGGGGCACCAUCAGGGUUCUCAGUACCUCGGGUUCCCCACCAUCCCCGUAGCUUGUCCGCACAGCCUUUACACCCACAGCAACCUCCGCAGGGGCAGUGGGACCGGGGUGCUUUUGACACGGAUGUGGAGGAAAUAGACGAUUCCACCGUGGCAGGGACAAGUGUCUACGGGGCUGAAGAAAACAAACCUCAGGCAGCAUCGAACACAAAUGCGCCGUAUGCAAAUGCCGAUACACAGCCCAUGCAUCAACCGCGGCCUGCACGGCAAACUUAUGGAUCCCAAUGGUAUGAACCCUUGGGUAAUCAAGCCAUGAACAAGACAGCAUUUGACUCGGAUGAACUCGAGGAUUUUGGGAGUCAACUCACCUCCUCUCUGGGCGGAGAUGGCGGAGACGACGAAAAGCCAAAUGAACCAGCCGGCUGGUCACACAAGCCACGUAUGAGUGAGGAGCCACUGAGCAAGCGCCUAGAGAAGUUCUGGUCUUCAACCAGAAAGCGAACCUCAUCUCCUCAGCCCAUCAUGAUAAACUCUGACCCAGAGCCCCCAGCCGAGCCCCAGGCCAAGCCCAAGCCACGGAAAUUGGGUCAAAUGCUUCCAACGGGCCCAAGGAAGGUCGUGCUUCCCCAAAACACAUCAUCAACACACAGGACGCGCUUCAGUCCCCCCAAACCUUCACUUCUUGAGCAACUUGAUAAGAAGCUUGAAAAAUCACCUACACGCCAUCCCCAACCUGCGCCUGAACCCACCCAGUCACCCAGUAUGUCCUAUUUCCCGGAACAUAUUGACAGUGACGGCGGGAGCGAUGAUGGGAUGGAACCCACCAUUCGCGCAAAUGAUAGACGAGAAGUCAGUCGGUCAACAAAUGCCUUUGACAUGACCAGUCUAACCGACCUGGAUGUCGACGACACCAUCCACGAUCCCUUUUUUGCGCACGAUCUAAACGAUUCUCAUCAGGCACACGAGCCACAUGAACCAUACGAAAUACACGAAAUGCCUGAACACGAAGCGCACAGUGCGCAGCCCUCAACCCGAAGUCGUCGCAACACAAUCAUCCACAACAAAAAGCGCCCACUAGAAGCAGACUACCCGCCCGAAGUCCUCUAUCAAAAGUCAUUCUCAGAAUUGCAAGCCGAGCCAUUUGAAAAGGCACCCACGCCCCCUCCUGUCAAAUCACCUUCAUUGCCACCCAAACCAGCCUUCAUUCCAGAUACCAAUGAGCCCAAGAAUGCCGUGUCUAAUCUAUUGACGUUAGCUGGUGAAGAGCGCCAAAACUAUCUGUCUCAAAUGAGUUUGCAUGAGUGGGAAGACUGUGGAGAUCAGAUCAUUGACCGAUUUACCCAUCUCUUGUCAGAAAUGAGGAACCUGAGACAUGCUCGCCGUCACACUGCUGCUGUGUUCGAGGGCGAAGUCAAGCGUCGACAUGACGAGGUUGAAUCUCAGAAUCUCGAGUUGACGAAUAAAUUGACGGAUAUGCGGAGUGGUGGUGCUGAAGUCCUUCGUGGACGAUACCCUUGA